UGUUUUCGUCCGUCAGAAACCCUACGUGAAAGAACCAAUCUUUCAUCCGUUCCUUCACACUCCAAUCCUUCCCCAAUCGAUUCCCGGCCUUGGAGGACCCGGAGAUGGCGACGCCCUCGAAGAAGACGCAAGCCUCCCGACCUCACGCCUCGGAGAUGCUGAAGAUUUACGAAAAUUCCGAUCCCAACAUCCCGAUCUCGCCCCCUCUUCCUUCUAAGAAACCGGUUAAAUCUCCGUCGAUUGGGUCGGCUCAGUCGAAUAAGCCCAUUCCGAAAACCCCUGGUCGGAUCUUCGCGCCGCUGCCCCUGCCAGAGCGGGCCAGGAAGUUUAUCGUCGCCAAGAAGAGUUCGAAGAGGGCGGGGAACGGCCUCGAUUUUGAGAGGUGCCGGAAAGAAUCCUACGAGGCCCUCCGAGCAUCGCAGGAAGAGUUCUUUAGGAGAGAUCGUUCCUCCGAUGUCGCCGAGGUAGCAGACUCGGCAAUCAGUGAGGCCGACGGAUCCAUAGAUGGAGGUGACAAGGACGGAACGGAUGUGACGGAGAAGGCCUUGGAUUCAGUGGUCGAGGAUCUGGAGGGCGGUUCAGAAGCGAGAAACCUGAGGAACUUGGUGAUGGAGGAGGCGAUGAGUGGCAUGCCUGAGCCGGGGUCUGGCCGUGUGAAGCAUUUGGUCAAGGCAUUUGAGAACUUCCUAUCCAUUUCGAAGGAUGAUGAGGCUGAUAAGCACGAAGAUAGGAAGCCAAUGGUGUUGAAUUGGGCACUUCCGGGAUUUCAACCAUCAACCAAGGUAGCAGCGGAGGCAGUAGUUUCUUCGACGUCCAUUUUCUCUUCAGCUGGGUUCUUUCCGUCCAGAGAACUUGAGAAGAAUUUGAGGUUAUAUUCUUCGGUGGAGAGUAAUGGUGACAGGUUCAGCUGGGGGAGAAGGACAUCCGGAGGAGGAAGGAAUAAACGUAAUAGUUCUGAAUCUCUGAGGAGGAGCUGGAAUAAGAUGCUUAAAGUGACCAGCCAACAUCCAUUCAAAUUGAGAACUGAGCAAAGAGGAAGGAUUAAGGAAGAACAGUUUGUCAAGAAAGUGAAAGCAAUGCUGUUGGAAGAGGAGAAGCAACAGAUACCUAUUGCUCAGGGCCUUCCAUGGACCACAGAUGAACCAGAGCACUUGGUGAAGCCCCCUGUAAAGGAGGGCACUGAGCCAAUCGACAUUGUUUUGCGUAGCGAUGUGCGUGCUGCGGAAAGGGCUGAGUUUGAUCAACUCGUUACCGAGCGGAUGAACUUCGCUGAACAACUAAGAUUGGAAAGGGAGAUGAGGCAAAAGUUAGAGGAAAAAGAAGAAAUACGUCAGCUUAGAAGAGAGCUUGUGCCUAAAGCUCAGCCAAUGCCAUACUUUGAUCGACCCUUCAUCCCUAAAAAGUCGGAAAGGCCUCGAACAAUCCCAAAGGAGCCAAGAUUUCACAUCCGUCAAAGAAAGUCUUCAUGUGCUCCGAUGCUAGGAAGAUGAUGGACAAUUACAAAGUUUAUGCUGGUCCAUGUUUCAGCAGAUCGGAGUGCAGCCAGCGGGGAACUAUUAUUAAUUCUUUCAAGGUUUUAUCAGAUCUGUAUAUAGGAAUUAUACUAUUUCAUAAAGGAUCGAAUCAUGUUCCUUCCCAAAA